UCGUUCCCUUCCCCGACUCGCUACAGCAAAAGUUGCCUGAUUUCUUCGCCCAUUCUCCUCACUCACUGCCCACUCUUCCCCCCUCGUUCCCUCCUCCUCCUUUCUCUCUUUCGCUUUGACGGAGAUGCUUCUCAGUUUAUCACAUGGAAAUAAAAGCUACAACAAGAUCCAGCUCCAUGUUCAUGCAGAAUACCUGCUCUAGAAGAAGAAGCCUUAUUGGGAAAGAAUUUUGAAGUUGUUAUCUAAUAGAAAGAAAGAGUGAGACUGAUGGUGUCAUAUUAUCUAAUCGCGUGGUAGUUUUACUUUUACCCUCCUUCCACAAGGUGUAGACUUUAUUUAAAGCUUGUUACCACGACAAGUUUGAAAAAUGGCAUUGUCCCUGCCAUUCUCAUCCCAAAGGGAUUGGCCAAUCUCUUUCCUCAAUUCUAGUUUACUCCCUAGGAAUCCUCCUUCAUUUCAUGCUAACAGUAACCAAUAUUUCAGGAAUAAUAAGAACUUCAGAAAUCUAUCCAUUUCGAUUUCCUGUUCAUCACUCAAAAUUGUUCGAAGUCCUUCACUAGACCGGCAUGUUGUGAAGCAAAAUAAGAUUCGGUUUAUUCAAAAGCUGAAAACACUGCUCCUUUCUAAACCAAAACACUUUUUGCCAAUCCGCAUUGUUUCGAAAUGCCGAUCAUACCUUUGCCUUCCAAAGCCUCGCUCCAUCCUCUCAAUGAUUCAUCGUUAUCCUUUAAUUUUUGAAAUCUUCCCAGUCCCAAGAGCACCCGUACCAAUGAAUGCAACAAAAUCAUAUUCUCAACUAUGUGUUCGUCUAACCCCAGCUGCAGCAGCUCUUGCCACCCAGGAAUUAAAUCUCAAAUCAGCCAUCUCAAUGACCUUGGCAGCCAAACUCCAGAAACUUCUCAUGCUCUCUUCUCACCGUCGGCUUCUUCUGUCAAAGUUGGUUCACCUGGCUCCAGAUCUUGGCCUACCCCCUAAUUUCCGUUCCCGUCUAUGCAAUGACCACCCUGACAAAUUUAAAAUUGUGGAUACCUCCUACGGUUGUGCGCUUCAACUUGUCACUUGGGAUCAAGACUUAGCAAAGCCUUUACCCUCUCCUGAAGUUCAUUCGCGUGGGCUGAUAGUAGAUAGGCCUUUGAAAUUUAAACAGCUUAGACUUCGAAGGGGACUGAACUUGAAGAGACGGCACCAGGAUUUUUUGAUCAAGUUCAGGGAAAUGCCCGAUGUGUGCCCUUAUAAUACUUCUGUGGGGGCAUUUGUGAAAGAGUCCAUCGAAGCAGAGAAAAGAGCUUGUGCAGUGGUGAGAGAAGUGUUAGGGAUGACAAUUGAGAAGAGGACUUUAAUUGACCACUUGACUCAUUUCAGGAAGGAUUUUGGGCUGUCUAACAAGUUGAGGGGAAUGAUUGUGAGGCACCCAGAGAUAUUCUAUGUGAGUUUGAAAGGGCAGAGGGACUCUGUGUUUUUGGUGGAGGGCUUUGAUGAGAAAGGAGCCCUGUUGGAGAAGGACGAGACUUUGGCCAUUAAAGAACAAUUGAUGGCACUGGUUAGGGAGGGAAAGAGGAUGAGACGAGAGAAGAGAAAGGCUAGGAUCUAUAGCUAUCCCACUGGUGAUGGUGAUGAUGGUGAUGCUUAUGAGGUUGACAACAGUGAUGAUGACCAUGAUGAUUGCUUGGAUGACUUGUUCGAGUAUGAGGAUCCAUAUUUGGAUUAUGAUGUUACUGAUGGUGACGAGACCAACGAAUCAUUUGGCCACAUGGAGAAUGGGGUGUUUUGGACAGCAGAUUCUACUUCUCUUCUUAAUGAUGUGGAUGUAGCAAAUUUCGAACCUUGGUAACUAUGAAUGUCAAAACAACGUACACAUCUUGCAG